CCCUCCCUCCGUUCCCUUCCCGCCGCCGCCAUGGCGGCCUUGCCCCGCCACCGCCGCUUCCUCGGCGGCUUCAUCUGCGGGGCCGCUGCCGGGGCCGCCGCGUCCUGCUGGGCGACGUGGCGGCUCCUCCGCAGCCAGAGCCAGCCGGAGCCAUCCGGGCGGGCCCCGGCGCAGGAACCAGUAGAAGAGGCUCUGCUGGAAAGAUAUGGAUUUCCUGAGGCUGGAACAGAGACCAGAUGUUACACAAAUCAUGCACUGUCUUAUGACCAGGCAAAACGGGUACCUAGAUGGGUGAUUGAACACAUUUCAAAACAAAAGAUGCUGGGUGAUGCAGAUCGAAAGCACUGUAAGUUCAAACCAGAUCCUAACAUCCCUCUGAUGUUCAGUGCUGUCAAUGAAGACUACCUUGGCAGUGGAUGGUCACGAGGACACAUGGCACCAGCAGGAGACAACAAAUUUUCAACAUUUGUUUUGAGGUGGAGUGUGAUGUCAUUAUUGAUGCACAGAGCUGGAUAUGGAGUUACAAGUGAUUUAUCACCAGGUCCUUCACCUCUGGAGAGAGCUAUGGCUGAAACGUUUUAUCUGUCCAACAUUGUGCCUCAGAAUUAUGAAAAUAAUGCUGGGUUUUGGAACAGAAUGGAAAUGUACUGUCGGGAAUUGACUGAGAGAUUUGAAGAUGUUUGGGUUGUUUCUGGACCUCUUACCUUGCCUCAAACAGAUGGUGAUGGAAAGAAGAGUGUUACUUAUCAGGUGAUUGGAAAGGAUGAAGUGGCUGUACCAUCCCACCUGUACAAGGUGAUCCUCGCCAGGCGGAGCAGAACGUCCUCAGAGCCCCUGGUGCUGGGCGCCUUCGUGGUGCCAAACAACCCCAUCGGCUUCAGCCACCAGCUCACCGACUUCCAAGUCAGCCUUGAAGACCUGGAAAGAAUGUCAGGUUUAGUUUUCUUCCCCCAGGUGGACAAGACCAAAGAUGUUAAAAAUAUCUGUGAGGUGGAUACCUGCAAGCUGAUGGGCUUCAAGGAGUUCACUCUGUACAUCACUGCCCGCAAAGUGCGGAGCGCCCGGACGCUGCGCCGGCUGCAGAAAGCCAUGGAGGAGUUACAGGAGGCAGGAAUUGAGCCUGAUGAGUAUCUCCUAAAGCUGUACAAGAAGAAGGAGGAAGAACUGCUGCAGGAAAAGCCAGUAGCAGCUAGAGAGGGGAGAGCUGGCUGAGUAUUCAGGGAGUUGUUUGGGUUUUUGGAAAGGGGAACUGAAGGCAAACACGAAGACGAGGGCUCCUUGAAUCAUCUUUGCUUGAGUUGUGAAAACAAUAAAGAAAUAUUUGGAAGCUGAUGGGCUUGGAAUAAUGCUCAUUCUUGUGUAACACAAUGCAAACACGUGGUUUGCUGCACUACUUAGACAUGGGAACUGUAAGUGACUCCUUUCUGGCCUGAGUAGAUCACUGGAUCUCCAAGAAAGGCUUUGUGCUAUUUUCCACCUGGCAUGUCAGACUUAGGGUUUGUGUGGAAUCCCUUCUAGGAAAAUCACAAAAAUAGAGAGUUGACACCCUGGGAGUACAGCUGGAACGUGUUUAAAUGGAAUUCUGCCUGCAAGUCUUCUCACUGCAGUGCUGGAGAAGCAAUUGUACUUUCUGGAAUAUUUUGAAAAUUAAUUUAAAAAUAUUUAAUGUAACACUCUUUUAUUAGAGACAUGUAAGACAAUCUGGUCUUCCCUUAGUUGUAUUAACCAAAACCUCUCCUUUUCUUGUGUGCUUUGAAUACUUCAGCAUGUCAGGAGCUCACAAUUGUUAUCAUUUGCAGCAAACUUACUUCAUCAUGUAAGAUUCUGUGAUUUUUUGGUAAGAAAACCCCAAUAAAACUAAAUUUUAAUCAA